AUAAUACCCAAAGUCAGUCUAUAACUAAAACGUACGCAUGCAUUUUCUCUUCCAAGCCGAAAGAGGGUGAUAUUGCCCUCAUAUAGUUGUUUACUUCCGGUUAGCAUAGGCCACACGUGGGUAAAGGAGUUCUUCGGAGUACAGCGUUGCCAUCACUCGCAACAGCCCACAUGUCGAAAAGAAAAAGAGAAAAAUUGGAUGAAAAGGCCGUCUCUGAAGCAGGAGACAUGGAGACAGAUAAAGUCCAGGAUCCUCCGCCGGAGACCAGACGGACUCGCAGCGGCCGCACUGUGCGUCCUCCUGUAGCACAGUUGGAAUCUAAGAAACCGGCGACGACUUCCACCCGAAGAACCAGGAGGUCUGUGCUCCAGGAACUGCCUGUAGAGCAGGAGAACACCGACAAGCCUGAGCAAAAACUCGAAAUCUGUCCUGAGGAGAAUUCGGAGAUUUCCAGUGAACCGGUGCCAGAGCAGACUGAGAGAAUUGAGAGUACUGACGCUGGGGACGUUGAUCAGUCCAGUUCACCAGAUCCAUCUGCACCAGCAUCUAGGGAUACCGCAGAAAAGGUGCCAGGAAAGGAUAAACCACGUCUGGGUCAAAGUGCGAAACAGAAUCCAGUUAUUCCACUGGGAAAGCCAAAGUCAGGAAGAGUGUGGAAGAACCGCAACAAGCAGAGGUUCUCUGCCCUGCUGAGAGAUAAGCCACUGUGCUCCUCCUGGGACAAGAAAAUGAAGGCCAAGCAAGAGAAGCAGCUGGUGAAACAGUUUGCUUUGCAGCUGACGGAGGAGAAAGCAAAACAGAAGGAGGAAAAGAGAAAGCGGAGAGAAGACAACUUAAAACGGCGAGCAGAGAACGAACGUAAAGCAGAAAUUGUGCAAGUGAUCAAAAACACAACAAAGAUCAAGAGGAUGAAGAAGAAACAGCUGAGGAAGAUCGAGAAGAGAGACACGCUGGCUAUGCUGCAGAAGACACAGAAGCAGAACUCCAAAACCAAAGGGCAAAAAAGCAACACUGGCAAAGAGCUGACGUGAAGACUGAAAAUAAACACAUCUGUACACGAAAAAGUCUGAAUAUAUUAUGCCUUAAUUUGUGGUUUUCAGCUGUAACAGUCAGGGAUGAUUGAGAAUUUUGUUGUAAAACCAGGAUUAACGACCAAAAGUUAUAUGUUUUGUAAUUCAAGAGUUUGUGUGUCAGUAAAACAACACGUUUCACCAA